UUUUUUCUCCUUUUCCCGUAUGAGCUAAAAUGGGAAAUCAUCUUCAGCUCAAGAACUGGGAGAAGAGCAGGCGGCCUUUGUGCCUCGCUUGAUGGUUUUAUUGGCGAAUUCUCGUGAAUUUUGGGUUUAUAAAUCACUGUUUUAGAAGGCGCUAUCAACCACAUUCCUACAAGAGCAGCAAUUUCACUUUGAAACUCGGUGAGUUUCUUUAUCAGUGCCAUAUGAUGUUUGGUUUCUUCUGUAGAAAAUUAGGGUUAAAUCAUAGGAGCAUUACUUCAUUAGACUCAAAGACCCAACUGGGUGUUCUUCCUUUUAAUGCAUUAUUCUUAAUCACAUGUUUCUCAUCUAAUUUACCUCUGAAAUCAAAUGACGACUCUUUUACUAUUUCAUACCUCAUAAAUUCAUGUGGAUUGUCCCCAGAAGCCGCUAAUUCUGUCUCUAAGAAACUACACUUGAAAAGCCCUCAAAAACCGGACUCUUUCCUUAGCUUUCUCAGAGAUCACGGAUUCUCCGAUCCCCAAAUCUCCAAAGUUGUUAGGUUUAAUCCCCAUCUGCUUUCCUGUAAUGUCAAGAAAACUGUUUUGCCCAAGCUUGAAUUUCUCCAUUCCAUUGGGGUUUCUAACGAUGACCUUCCAAAGAUGAUCUGUAGUAAUCCGGGUUUCCUAGUUCGGAGCUUGGAGAAAUAUCUGAUCCCAUGUUAUAAUAUCCUUAAAAGUUCACUUCUUUCCGAUGGGAUAGCAGUUGCGGCAUUGAAACGCAUGACACCAAUUGAUCUGUACAACGUGAAGAAGAACUUUAGUUUCAAUUUACUGGUCUUAAGAGGGCUUGGAAUGCCUCAAUCCACCAUCUCUCUGUUGGUGACUAAGUGGCCUAAAGUUUUGUGCCAGAAUGUUGACAAUUUUAGUAGAAAUGUCGAGGAAAUUAUAUGAAUGGGAUUUAAUCCUGCGAAAUCUGCUUUUGCCUUUGCACUCAGAGUGAAAUUACAUACGUCCCCGAUAAAAUGGAAAGGUAAAAUAGAUAGUUUGAGAAGGUGGGGUUUGUCUGAAGAUGAGAUUUUGUUGGCUUUCAGAAAGCAUCCAUUGUUUAUGAGUUUGUCUGAGAAGACAAUUACGAAAAAAAUGGAUUUUCUUGUGAAUAAGAUGGGUUGGCAGCCUGCUGUUAUAGCCAGAUACCCCGCUGUUUUUACUUACAGUUUGGAGAAUAGGAUUGUCCCAAGGUGUUAUGUUAUAAAAGUCUUGCUUCUAAAGGGCUUGAUCAAGGAAACAAUCAGUUUACUUUCAAUUUUAUCACCUUCUGAUGAGAGCUUCUUGGAGGAGUUCGUGAUCAAGCAUAAAGAACUAGAGCCUGAAUUGUUGAAUGUUCUUGAAGGGAAAAUUGAAUUUGCGGACUAGAUCAUGUUUGAUUAAAAAUGUGUGGCUCCAGUGAUACAACAAAGUAAUGUAAACGGUGUAAUUUUCCAAUUCACAUUGUAACUUUCCGUGCUCUGCUAUGAAGAGUUACAUUAUUAAGCUUCAUUUUUCUUGUAUUACUGUAUCCUUUUAGGUGAUAUCCAUUUUCAACAGCUUAACUGAAU